AUGUUCUACGAACCCGGCGUGACAGACCAUGGCCUCCCCCACGAUCCCUUCAAGGUAAGCCUACCAACCAUAAUGCCCAUACUCUAUACCCAUCCCGAUAACAAACAGGCCUGCGUAAUCCCCCGCCCAAUCGGGUGGAUAUCAACCCAAAGCCCAUCAGGCACCUCCAACCUGGCCCCCUACUCGCAAUUCAACAAUCUAACCUUCGACCCGCCGUACGUGAUGUUCUCCUCGAACCAAACCGCCACAAACAGCCGCAAAGACACCGUCAUAAACGCCGAGUCCACCGGCCAGUUCAUGUGGAACCUAGCCACCUACCCCCUCCGCCACGCCGUCAACAUCACCGCCGAGCAAGUCCCCUACGGGGUCGACGAGUUCACGCGCGCAAAUCUAACCAAGGAGCCUGCCUCCAAGGUAAACUGCCCCAUGGUCGCUGAGAGUCCUGUGAAGUUCGAAUGCGAGUACCACACGACCAUCCGGCUGCCGGGGAACCCGCCGAUGGGGACGGUGGAUGUGAUUAUUGGGAGGGUGGUGGGGGUGCAUAUUGCGGAGAGUGUGCUUACCGAUGGGAUCCUGGAUGUGCGCAAGACGGAGCCGAUUGCGCGGUGUGGCUACUAUCAGUAUACGGUUGUGAGGGAGACGUUUGAUAUGGUGAUUCCGGGGAUGAGUGAGGACGUGCUGUAUGGGCUGGAGGGGAACGCGAGGAGGAAUAAAGAGAAGCAUUUGAAAGAUACGGAGAAUUAG